AGCCAUCUGAAACUAUCAUUGCCUGUCCGUUCAAUAUUCACAUUCACACAAGAACACAAAACAGCACGAAAGAAGAGUCCCUGCUAGGAUACGGGAAUCGGGUAACCCCAUAGGACACACCCUAAGGACUAACUUGCGAAGGUCCUUGAGGCCAACUUUGAGGAUGAAUGCCGCCGUGUGCGUGGUGGUGACAGUGCCCAACGAGACGGAGGAGCUGCGUCUGAAUCCGAGGUCAUGCUCCUGCUGCGGCGGGAGCCUGGCGGCCAAAAGAAUCUCGGAACUGGGCGUGGAGCUCUGUGAGCGCUGCUGGCGCCUAGAGAAUAUAGCGGCCAGCGAUGGGGACUUGUCCCUGGCAUCGAUGUCCUUUCAGCAGCCGCUCCCGGCCCGUCCCCAUCACCCACUGCCGCCCAGGUCGCAGAGCCGAUCCUUGGAAAUGCCGUAUCUGAAGACCAACUCCACCUUGGAGCACGUUCUGCGGGCGAUAGUGGACGAGCUGCGCCUGGACGAUGUCUUUUGGGCGCAGGACCUGGAGGGUAAGCAGUUGCAGGCCCGGUUCUACAUGCGCCAGGACGAGAAUUACGAGAAGCUCCUGUACACCCUGCAGGAGUGGGGCGUGGGCGAGCGACCGGGCACCCAGGUCUCUGCCCAGCUCUGCCUGGAGACCAGAGCCAAGCCCAUGCCGCCUUCCUACAAGGAUGACGGCCAGCCACUGUUCCAGGACAAGGAUCAGGAGCAGGGCCAGGGCUGGCAGAACUUCAUGGACUCGGUGCGCUGCCGGUUGAAUGUGAAUCAGGUGGUGCGACAGGUGAGGCGUGAUGCCACCUUGACCUUUGACUUUGUGGUGCUCCUGAUUGCCGCCGCCCUGCUCUCCUGCGUCGGCCUGGUGGAGAACAGUUUUCUAUUCCUCUCCAGCUCUAUGCUGAUAUCGCCCCUCAUGGGCCCCAUCAUCGCGGCCAUUUUCGGGUCGGUCAUCGGGGACAAGGAGCUGAGGUACCUGGGCCUCAAGAACGAGCUCAUCGGGAUUGGUGUCUCUGUGGGCAUUGGCUUCCUCUUCGGAGGCAUCGUCUGUGGAUUCGGCCACUUCUUUGCCAUCUCCACCGGCCUCACCGAGGAGAUCGUCUCCCGGUGCGACACCCACUCCCUGGCCAUCGGCAUCUGCACCGCCCUGGCCUCGGGGGCAGCGGGCGCCAUCGCCGUGCUGGGCGGCAAUACAGGCUCCCUUGUGGGCGUGGCCAUAUCCGCCUCCCUGCUGCCACCGGCCGUGAACGCCGGUCUGCUCUGGGCCCUGUCCAUUGGCACGCACCUCCUGCCACCCAACCACGAGUUGCUGGUGAGUCUGACGAAGCACAGGACCUACUCCACGGACCUGUCGGUUGAGCUGCUGGUCUGUGCGACCGUCAGCAUGGCCCUGACGCUCCUGAACAUCGUCUGUGUCUGGCUGAUGGGUGUGGUGGUGCUGAGGAUCAAGGAAGUGGCUCCCGCUGUCCAAAGGCAUCACCAGUUCUGGCGGCACGACGUCCGCACGGCCCGCGAGGUGGCCCACCUGGAUCCCGACCUGCAGGACGCCAUCGAUAAGCUGGACGAGAGCCAGCUGGACCUGGAGGCGCCGCACUACCAGCACACCUGGUCACCGGGCAUGGACCAUCCGCGGCGGAUGUCCCAUUCGGGCGGCACCAGUCGCAGUGCCACUCUGGCGGCCAGGGAACAGCCGAACAACUAUCACACUGUGCACGGUUUCAAGGAGUUCUGUGUCACCCUGCACCGCCAGAAGGCCGUGAAGAAGGAGCCGCGGAGGCCCCUGAGCAUCAUGGAGCUAUUCUCCCCCCAAACGGAGCCCAGUUCUGGUCCCACCACCAACACUACCCCCCACACGAACACCACCACAACCACCGGAUGCAGUGACUUCAGUAGCUGCCGAAGUCUUCCAGACAUCAGUAGUCUCUCAAUGCUGUGCCCCCAACCCAGUGAACCGAGUCUCCCCAGAAGCUCGAGUCCAGAACGCCAAACCGGCCACAAGGAUCGCGGCAAUAGAACCGUCCACUGGCCCGAGGAGCAGCCCGAACGAAACAGCGAUCCACCCCGUAGACAUGAAGGUAUGGCCAGCCGGGGCUAUAGUCCUAAAAGGAAGCCCGGUCAGGUGCUAAUACCACUACCCAGCUUGGAACAGUACAGUCCUUUGGAACCAUUAGCUGACCAACUACUCCUGCUCCGCACCGAAUCCGGGGCAGUUAGCCUGGAAAUAGAGCCCGAGGGUGAUGAGUUUCAGGUUUAAAGAAACU